GUUGGCACCACCGGAAGUAUGGAGUCUUCAAGGUGUCGCGAACUUGCUCUCGAAGGAGAACGCCUUUGUCGAACUGGAGACUGGAAGUCUGGCGUGAUUCAUCUUGAGGCGGCACUGCAAGAACGUUGCAGCGAGGCAUCGACACUCUGCUUCGUUUACAGUCAGCUGGGUACAGCCUGUUUCUACUUGAGGGACUACGAAAAGUCUCUCGAAUAUCAUCGUCAAGAUGCCAUGCUUAUGAAACGAGCUGGAGACCGUACCGGCGAGGCUAAGGCCUACGGAAGUUUGGGAAACGUGCUGAAGGCAGUCGGUCGUUUUGAUGAGGCUGUAGCGUCAUUUCAUCGUCAGUUGGCACUUGCACAAGAAGUGGACGACAGGGUUCGGGAGAGCAAGGCGUUUUACAGUCUGGGCAAUGUGUAUCAUUCGAAAGGCAAAGACGCGGCCAACGGGUUACAAUUGGAUCCCGGUCAAUAUCCGGUUUCUGUGCGAGAGGCUUUGCAGAAUGCAGCCUGUUUCUAUGAAGCGAGCUUGCAGCUUGUUCAAGAGCUUGGUGACAGGGUAGCUGAAGGUCGAGCUUGUGGCAAUCUUGGAAACACACAUUACCUGUUAGGCAACUUUGAGAGAGCAAUAAAAUAUCACACUACAAGGCUAGAGAUUGCUCAAGAGUUUCGAGAUUACUCGGCAGAGAGAAGAGCUUGCACAAAUCUUGGAAAUGCAUAUGUUUUUCUUUGUCAAUUCAAUGCGGCAGCAGAAUAUUACCGUAAAACUCUUCUUGUUGCUCUUGAGACAAAAGACAGAGAAGUUGAAGCUCAGGCUUGCUAUAGCCUGGGUAACACAUACACGUUACUGAAAGACCAUGCAAAGGCUAUUGAAUAUCAUUUGAGACAUUUGGACAUAGCACGAGAACUCCAUGAUAGGGUUGGUGAAGCACGUGCAUGUUGGAGUCUAGGCAAUGCAUAUACUGCUAUGGGCAAUCACAGACAGGCAUUUAACUAUGCCACUACACAUUAUCAGUUGGCAGUAGAGUCAAAUGAUGUGAAUGGUGUUGAGAAUGCCAAACAGAAUCUGACAGAGUUGAAGAGACUUCUAGGUAUUCCUCUUUCUUCAUCACCGGUUCCUAUUCGAACUGAAGGCAUCAGUAAAUUGCAACCCGGAUGGGAUGGGCAAAUGGAUGAUCGAUUAAAUACAGAGGCAAUUGGACAUCAACAUUUACACGAUGUCAAUGGAGACACAGCAGCAGCAUCUGUACAUAUCCAGUCAAGUGAACAUUGCAUUCAAACUAUUGGCAAAAAUUGCCCAAAGAAAGCGUUUUCGUCGAGUGAGAAAGAUUCGCUGUCAGACAAUUCAUAUGAUAGCCAGCAUAGAUGGACAGAUGGGGGCAGUCCAAGUGCAAGUGGGGCAGUGCAUGCAAAUGGUCCAGUUCAUGCAAAUGGACCAGUGCAAGCAAGUGGACUGCCUGGUGUUGUUUCUCAACUGCCUGCUGCAAGUGCAGCAUCAUUUCCUAGAGAGAGAUCUAUGACUGGAAGUGACUCGGAGAAUGGGCAGUCUUUCAGUGUUACCGACAGCUUUAUUUGUUUGCUUUCCAACAACCAGGGCCGUAGGAUUGACGAUCAACGAUAUUCGUGGCCAAGGGAGCCGUCGGUAAACAGCUCUACAGAUGAGACUCAUGCAACAGAUCAGGCCUGUGGUUUAGACGAUUCCUUUCUUGAUAUGUUGAUGCGAUGUCAAGGAAAUCGAUUUGAAGAGCAGAGAAGUGCACCUCCUCUACCUUUUUCUUCUGCUCAAGUACCAGGUAGGACAAUUCCAGACGAGGAUUUCUUCAACAUGAUUGUACGCUUACAAUCACAGAGACUGGAAGAUCAACGAAGCUCUGAUCCAUUGUGAUUAUGAUAUUUUGUUGAAGCUGUAUAUAUAUCUAGAUGCGGUAGUGUAAGAGUUUAGUUAGCAAUUUAGCACAACAGGAGAAAGUCUAAUUCCCAGCAUGAAAGUUUUGUAUUUAUAUUGUCGUUAUCUUUUAUUUACUCUUAUGUGACCAAUGAAAGAGUUUUACAGAUUGAUACAAACUGCCACAAUGUUACCACGCU